ACUGGAGUCAUCAGACGCGACCAAAUGUGCUCAUAGUCUCCCACAUUGCAUUGCGUUGUAAUGGAUUCUAUCACACAUAAUACCAACUUAUGUUGACUACAGAACCAGGAGCAGUUUCUGGCCAGAUUGCGCAGAGGGAAGAUGUACACUGUCUCAAAAGGUCCAAGUAAAAUCGUUGCGAAAACGAGAAGGGGGAUCGCACACACGCAGAAUCUAGAGAGGUUGGAUACGAAUAGAGAUCAACUUUCGAAAAAACCUCCGGAACCAGAAGUGGGACAAGUGAUUAAUGUACCCAAGCCAGUAUUUCAUAGUGUAAAUGCUAAGAAAUCAAGUAGUCUGAGAGCACAGCAAGAGGUUAUCAGCCCCGAACAUGCGGAGCUUAUCAGCUUUAUAUAUGAAUCUUGGGAUAAAGUUUGUAAGGAAUUUGAACAAGAGUCAGCAGAGAAUAGUUCAAAUGCACCUCAAUGCAUAGUGUACCAUAAUGAUGGUGAACCAAAUGGAAUAUUACAAGAUUUUAAACCAUUUGAUUUGGAGUCAUGGUGGGGUAAAAGACUGUUCAACAACAUUACAAAAUCUAUAUAAAGUUCCAGUCCUGUUUUUCUUUUUUUCGUAACAUCUUGUGAUUGGUGCAAACAGGAUCAGUUAUCCCCAAAUCAUCAUCUGUUGUAUGACUCUUAUUCCAUAUCUGAGGUGAAAAGAAGUCUACAGGAACUCAUUAAUGGCAAGUGCAAAAUUUAAGCAAGAUUUGUUGUUUUUUGGGGUAGCUUUUUCUACAGAGCUGUGGAUUGAAGGUAUCAAUACCUUAAGAUAUACAUUCUCUCAUAAAGUAUGGCAUUCAGUCCAUAUUUAUUUAACAGAAAACCAGGAUUAAUUUAAUUUUUUUGCGCUGUUAAGCAUCCUAAGCAGAGAUAAGUGGAACAGUAUUCUCUGCAUUAAGAACAUUAAUUACCAUCACAAGUUGGUCCAGAAAAAUACCUAUUGUGACAUUCAGUCCAAGUAGUAGUGAAUUACAUCCUAAAAUGAACAGUCCAGUUUGAGUACAGGAAUAAUUUGUAGCAGCCAUUACAGUGGCUUAGGAGCUGCAUGAUUAUGGUGUACAGAGCCAAUCCCUCUCAACAGUUAGUGUUGCCCUUUGGGCUAAUAUUAAACUGAUAAAAUUAUGAAGGAUUAAAAUUUUAAUUUGGGCAUUUAAAGGAAAUAGAAUUUAAUUUCAGUCAUAAUGCAUUCACUUCUAACUCCACAAUAAAAUUUUCCAUUACAUUAAAAAUCAUGUUCCUGUGAUAGUAAUGUCUUCAUUCUCCCAGUACAUAUAAUGUGCUGAAAGAUAUAACCAGUUUCUUUUAAGUAUGUUUAAUAAUUAAAAGACAGAACAGCUUUGAAAUGAGGAAAUUAUUACUAGUGGGAUUAGCAGUUCUCAUAACCAACGAAUUAUGCAGGGGAAAUUGCCGUAAUAAAUGUAAGCAGUUAUUUUUUAUAUAAUUUUUAAGUGCUGGAAUUGAUGUGAUUUAGCUGGAUUUCUUCAGGUCAGAUUGCUUUUAUAUGGCCUGCAAAGUGUACUUUCCACUGUAAAUGUCAUUCCAAUUUAUGUUUUGGAAAACAAAAUUUGCUCUUCCUCCUUUUUAAUAAGUGAAGGGUGGUGCUCCGGUUACUGAAAUCAUGUAGUAAUGUUAUAGUUUAGGGUUCUUAUGUAACUUCCCCAUUAUUGUGAAGUGUGUUGGGACCCUUAGCUGAUUUUUUUAUGUAGAUCUUGUAUUCAAGGUCAUGUAUGUAAAUUGUAUUGUAUUCAGAUUAAAUGCCCAAGCCACUAAACAACUUAUUCAGGUUUGAUACUUUUUUGAAAUUUUCCGUAAGGUUGUAUAGUAUUGAGCAUGUAAGAAAGUACUGUGUUUGCCUGACUUCAGUUUGCACUGAAAUUUGAAGCUUUGUACUGAAGAUAUUCUUUUUUUAACUUGUUAGUUGUACAGAAUUUAUUGAUUAGUUUCUGUGCUUAGGAAACAGCUGCAUAUUAAAUAUGUUUUUUAAAUAUUUCACUGUUGCUGUAAUGUAGAAGAAAAUAAGCUUCUUCCAAUAAGUGGCACUUUCAGUGGUGACUUUUAGCAUAAUUCUGUUGAAUUAAUGAAUGUGAACACAAUGCACAAUUUCUUUGUUUUUUAAGGUAUUUUAUGGAUGAAAAGUGCAUGCUAUAAUUGUGAAAAUAUAGUAAAUGUACAUUCUCACUGGUAAAAAUGCAGAAUUUUCUGUCCUACACAGAUACUAGUGCAAUAACUACUACAGUAAACCAGAAAACAUAAUACUUUACCAGCAUUGAUCAGUAUGCUUAAUAUAUAACACAGUUACUUUGUAAUAAUUUCUGACAAACCUCAUAGUUUUGCAUCUUGCCAAGCCUGUGGGCACAGGUUAUGUAAACUGUUUCUCAAAACUUACAUUUUAAAGGGAUACGGACGUUUGUGAGUAAGAUAAUCAGAAUAAAUUGGUAUCAAGAUAUGUAUCUAUUACAUGUGGUGCUAUCUCUUAACAUACAACUUGCAUUAUACAUGUAAUAGAGCAUAUCCUCUCAGUAUUGUUCUGACUGGAUUGUGGCAAGGCCUUGUAUAACCUACUUCAUUGACUUCAUCAGUUCCCUGGUAGGAAAAGAGGUAAUCAAUUUUGAAGAUAUUGUUGCAUUGUUAUUAUGAUGUAAGUGGAAACAGUCAUAAUUUAUCCAACAUUUUUAGUUAAGAUAAUGUAUUGACAUGUUGUUUUUAAUCCUUCUUGAUUGUUCUGUCAGAAGAAUAUAAGAACUGUUAUGUUGUGAUUAUAAUGUUAUGUGGAUAUGACUCAUUGAACUGGCAAAGUUGUUUAUAGUAUGAUCCUAAUUUUUGUACAAAGUAGUAAUUAGAAAGUAUUGGCUCUCGAAAUAUUGUUCCACACAUACAAACUCAGAACACAAAUACAAUUGUUUGUCUUUACCAGAAUCUUUAAAUAUGAUGUAAUCAUCAUCUUGUUUCAUAUUAUUAGAAGAAUGUUAAAGAAUGUAUGAUUGUGAUGUUAGAGUAUAUUUUAAUUUGUUGCUUAUGUUUUGAGUAUGAGGAUUUUGAAAACAAUUUAUGAUAAAAGAUUAUUUUUUGUAGAAUGAUCCUUAUAAUAUGCAUGUUGUUAAAGUGAAUCAUCUUGAUCCAGGCUCUAAAAAUUCACUCUUCAGUCAUGUAGGUAAAUGCUAGUGAGCCAAUUUGUCCUCAAGCUUUUUUACAUUUGUUAUUACCUAAACUAUAAAUCACUGUUUCACAAUUAUCUAAUUGGACUGAAGUCUGAAUUUCUCAAAGAUUGUGGAUAGACCAUGUAUUGGGAAUGAGUGGAUUAACCUUUCCACUUCUUUGUACAUAUUAUUGUGAUUCCUUCAGUGCUGAAUUAAUUUCAAUGACUUUCAUGAUCACUAUGUGAAUAACAUAUUUAGAUUCACCAUCACCAUCCCUAAAACUGACAUCUGAACCUGUUUGAUUAAGGGAUUCUGAAACAUUGUCAUGUAAAAAAAAUUACCAUCUUUGGGGUGAUUAUGUGUUGGGGGUUUCGGGAAGUCUUAUAUACAACAGGCAAUAGGUGGCAUGUGAGGGACCUGAUUGGUGGAACAGAGGUGUGGGCUUCUGUCCAAUUGGUAACAAGCAUGUGGAUGAGAAAAGAAAUGAUGAAAGAAGUUUUGAUGAAUAUAUGCAUUGUGUAAGGGAAUGAUGAGAAAAUUUUAGUGGCCACAUGGUUAUGAGAAGAGGUUCCAAAAAAAUGUUUAGCAGCCAUGGUAAGGAGAAGAGGUGAUAAAAAGUUUUUGUUGACAACAUGAAGAGGGGAAAUUCAGUGGUUGGAUGUAUGGCUGAGAGGGAAAAGAGGUGAUGCCAGGCUUUACUUAUUCUGUAUCUUCGCAGUUGACAUUGUGGGGGCUUUUGAUUAUUUCAGUUGCUUCACUGAUGAUGCAGUGGCAGUAGGUCUGGAUAUUGGCUGUGACUUCUGCUCUGUCAAUGUCAAUGUUGUGGUUAGUUGGUGCAGAGUAAUUAGUUUCUGCUGAUUAUUGGUUCUCCAGUCUUUUCCUUACUACAUGUCUGUAAAAACUUCAUUGCCUUCUUUCUUAACCAUGUGCUCACUACUGUCUGCAUAGACAUUUGCACCUCUGUUCCACCAAUCAGGUUCCUCACAUCUCACUCACCACCUACUGCUUGUUAUAUAAAAGGUUUCCUAAAACCCCCAGUACACAUCCUGAAAAGGGUAGAAACUUGAAAAGCCCACAUUUGAUGCAACCCAUCACCAAAAGUCAAAGUUAUACACUGAACUUCAGCUGUGAAAACCUAAGGACAGAAACUCCCCAAAGGAUAGAAUUCAUUGGUACUGGUGUACAAUUCUACAGAGCUGAAUUUGGAGGCAGUAUUUUCUCUGAAAUGUUGGUACUCACCUAUAACUCCACAUUGCAUUACAACUUAGAAGACCACCAUUGAUAUAUUCACUGACCUUAGAACCUCAAAUCUCACUAAUCACCUUAACUUUACUUGCUCAAAAUUAAGUGCAUUUAUGACAUUUUAGGUUGCCAUUGCACUGAAGAUAUAUGUGUCGGUCUUCUGGGUAGUAAUGCUUUGUGAACUUGUAGGUAGGUACCAGUAACGUUAUGUGGACUUGUAGAAGUCCAUAUAACAUUAUUACUUGGAAGAUAACAUUGGCACUUGCUCACCACAGUGAAGAGGUUGAAUGCCUUAGUAUGUUAAGUGGCUUGCUUGCUGCUGUGAGAAACUGAAAUUAAUCACUUGUGUAAUUAUUAGGUGGCUGCAAUCAUGGAGUUUUUUAUAUGAUGUAUGUCAUAAUUAUGGUAUGGUAAUUAUGGUUAGGACAGUGGCUGCUGAUAUUUGUAACAGAAUUACCCCUGUAAACUUUAUUGACCAUGUAUCACUGCUUACAUGUGAUCCCAGCUGGUUGUGCUUGACAAUAGCAUACUACACAGCGCAAUAACCCAGAAGACGGAUAUCUUCAUACUCACCGCUGUGAGAACCUCAAGUCUUAAAUAGCAUACUACUAAACCUUUAAACACCUUCAGUUAAAUUCUGUGUGGCAGCCAUUUAGUCUGGGGGUUUAAAUUCCCCAUACUCAUAUAAUUAAGAAUGAUAAAAUAUCUAAGAGCACAGAGAUUUGAAGUCUACCACCAGAUGGCAUCUGAAUGUAUGGAACUGUUCAAAAUAUGGAACAUAUAAUCUGUUCAUGCACCUUAACUUUUAAGAGUUGGAAUGGAAAGUGUCAGAAUUUGCUUCAAAUUAAAUUGCUGCAUUUUAUUAUGAUAUUGAAGCCUUAAUAAAUGCAAUGUUUUGUCACAAUGGGUAUGAAUCUCACAAAUAAUGAAACAAAAGUACUGUUGGAACUUGGAGUUGUUAGGAGAAGGAAAGGGAACAUUUUGUGACACCACCUGACUUGAUAAACAGUAUUCAGAUAGGCAAAAUUUGUCAUCAGAAACUUGCAUAUGACAUCCUUGUGGUGGAAAACCUGUUCUUUAAAAACUGCUUACCUGAGAACAGCAAUUUAUGAAAUUGUUAUGGUGAUGUAAAAGUGUAAUGCUACAAAUUCUUCUUACAAUUACAUCUUUUGCAUAUAUUCCUUUUUAAAUGUGUAGUUGUAAAAUGUGUUUGGGUGAUCUGGGACAUAGUUCUAGGUUGAAAGAAAUUAAUAGGAUCAUAAUAUGAGGCCAUUCUUAUUAGUUAAUUAUACUCUUUCAUACUUUUAAAUACAGAAUUAAACAGAAACUUGGUUCCUAGAAAGGCUUACAUCCAUUUUUCAUUUAGGAUAUACUGCCCAUAUUUGACAUCAUUAUAUUUAAAAGAAGUUCCAGUGUAGUGCCACAGCACUCUUAAAAGCACUGGGGCAUCACCCUGAUUUGGCAUUUACCAAUUUUAGAAUUGUCUGUUAUAUUAUUGGAGAGCUGCUACCACAUUCCCCUAACAGAAUCCAUAAACAAAUAUCCACUUCCUCUUCAUUAGCAAGCAUUUAAAAAAAUGUCAACACCACCACAUGUGUCAUACUAAUCUAGCUGUGGCUACAUGUCAUCUGAACAUGUGCCAUGCUGUCUUUACAGCAGUUAUUAGUGUUCAAAGGUCUGUGCUUGUUAGUUUCCUGCAUUUAAAAUUCAUUAUUUCACCAUAUUAAAAUGUUGAGAAAAGGCAAUUUGAUUACUCACUAUUUCCAGUGUGUAAUGAUCUUUUAGAACGUAGGUGAAGUAUGCCUUUACAGGUUGUGUGUGGUGGUGACUCUGACACUGCUAGUGGUGGUGGUGUGGGUUUUAUAUGAUCUAACAUAAAGCAGUGACUAGUGCAGCCACCUAAUUACUGCCAUUCUAGUGAAUUAUAGUCAGCUACUGCUCCCUGUGCACACUUCAGGCAGUGGGAAUGACUGAAAUGUUCUAGUGCAUAAGUUUCAGUACACUCUAGUAUAGUAAACAGUAGUUAAGACUGAUCAUUACAGCAUUGUUUUGUUUUUGUUAUUCAUACUUUAUUAAAAUGACUAAGACAAAUAAAUUGCAGGUUGUUGUUGCUGUUGCAGAUACUAA